AUGAGUGAAAACAAUUCAUAUUUUAUUGAUCCGUUGAGUUCAUCAGAAAUUGUGGUCAAUUUAGCCACAAAUGUUGUCAUCAAAGACGAUGGCAUUCAACUUAUGGCACAAAAGUUAAAAGAUGACAUCGAAAGUAAUAAAUAUUCAACACAUGUCUGGAAAGAGCAUGUCUUACACCCGAAAGUGGCCGACAAAUCAACAAUUGAUUGGAUCUUUGUUGUCGAUUCACUCAAUUUCUCAUUUUGGCCGAACCCGAGACAUGAGUAUACCAUCGAAGGUCAGGUCGGAUAUUGGGCUCUCUGUGCGGCCAUUAAUAGGGCUUUGGAUAAAGGAAUUGCUAUAACGGAUCCAAAAUAUUAUUCACAAAUAAGUGAAGAAGAUUUCAAACAAAUCUUUGCCACCGAUAAUGGAUUUGAAAUACCAUUACUUAAGGAAAGAUUACAAGUUUUACGGGAAUCCGGAAGAGUUCUCAUUGAGAAAUUUGGUGGAAGUUUUGUCAAUUGUAUAGAAAUAUGUGAUUCAAAAGCAACAAAUCUAUUGAAACUAAUUGUUAAUAAUUUUGAAUCAUUUCGGGAUCAAACUCUAUAUAAGGGAUAUAAAGUAUCAUUUUACAAAAGGGCACAAAUACUUAUAUCAGACAUUUGGGCUGCUUUUGAGGGACAAGGCUUCGGACACUUUUAUGAUAUCAAUGAUUUAACAAUGUUUGCCGAUUACAGAAUACCUCAAGUGUUGGCACAUUUCAAUGUUAUCGAGUAUUCGCAACAAUUGCGAGAUUUGCUUAAAGAUGAAAAUCAUUUGUUAAAGAGUGGUAAUGAAUAUGAAGUGGAAAUAAGGGCCGCAUCUGUAGUGGCCGUCCAUCGCAUACAACAGAAAAUCAGGGAUUUGGACAACACUUCCAUUAAUUCAAUUAUUAUUGACUUCUAUUUAUGGGAUUACAGGCGAAACAAUGCCAAACAAAUAGAUGAGUCGACACCAUUUCAUAGGGUUAGACAUAUCUAUUAUUAG